AUGUCCGUUGUAUUACGCGGAGGCAUCGCGGCCGGAGGAUUUCUUCUCCGUGGUGGCCACGACUCUUCGACCGUCAGUACAAGAAGAAUCUCAUCCGUUAGAGCCGCAGGAGGAGGCGUCAAUCCAACGGUAGCCGUGGAACGUCCCACAUGGCUACCUGGCCUUGACCCUCCUGCAUACCUCGACGGAAAGUUAGCUGGAGAUUUCGGGUUUGACCCGCUUGGGUUAGGAGAGGAUCCUGAAAGCUUGAAAUGGUAUGUUCAAGCAGAGCUAGUCCACUCCCGUUUCGCCAUGCUCGGUGUUGCAGGAAUACUCUUCACUGAUCUGCUUCGUACCACAGGGAUUAGCAAUUUACCGGUUUGGUAUGAAGCUGGAGCUGUCAAAUUUGAUUUUGCCAGCACAAAAACUCUCAUAGUUGUACAGUUUCUACUUAUGGGGUUUGCUGAGACAAAAAGGUAUAUGGAUUUCGUCUCUCCGGGAUCUCAAGCUCAAGAAGGAUCUUUCUUUGGACUUGAAGCAGCACUUGAGGGCCUCGAACCCGGAUAUCCCGGAGGGCCGCUUCUGAAUCCACUAGGCCUGGCUAAAGAUAUCGGAAACGCUCGUGAAUGGAAGCUUAAGGAGAUCAAGAACGGUCGUCUAGCGAUGAUGGCGAUGCUUGGGUUCUUUGUUCAAGCCUCUGUGACUCACACUGGUCCUAUCGAUAACCUUAUCGAGCAUCUCUCCAAUCCAUGGCAUAAGACCAUCAUUCAAGCCCUCUUCAACUCUGCUUAG